AUGGGAGAAUAUGUGUUCUCUAGUAGACAGCAUUUGCACUAUCAGUGGCGGAUCUAUACUAUUGCAAGGACAGUUAACGCUGCUAAACAAUCUUCGCUUAUAUUGAAUAAAGAAGCUGCAGGACCUUUUCAUGGGGAUGCUCCUGAUUUACAUGUCUAUAGAUUUUCUGACAUUGAAGCGGCUACAGAUAAAUUUUCAUAUGAAAAUAAGCUCGGACAGGGUGGUUAUGGUCCUGUUUACAAGGGCAUCCUACCUGAUGGUCAAGAAAUAGCCGUAAAAAAAUUAUCAAAAGCUUCUACACAAGGUUUUGAGGAAUUCAAAAAUGAGGUAACACUUACUGCAAGGUUGCAACAUGUGAAUCUUGUACGGUUGUUGGGUUUCUGCAUUGAAAGAGAAGAGCAUAUGCUGGUGUACGAAUACAUGGAAAAUAAAAGCCUGGACUUCUACCUCUUUGACCCUAUUAGACGGCAUAUGUUAGAUUGGAAUAAGCGUGUUGGCAUCAUUGAAGGAGUUACGCAGGGUCUUCUUUAUCUUCAAGAAUAUUCAAGAUUCACCAUUAUUCAUCGAGACAUAAAAGCUAGCAAUAUUUUAUUAGACUCUGAGAUGAAGCCAAAAAUAUCAGACUUUGGGAUGGCAAGAAUAUUCACUAAAGAUGAACAAGAAGCAAACACUAGCAACAUUGUGGGAACAUAUGGUUAUGUUCCUCCUGAAUACAUUAAGGAGGGUGUGUAUUCCACUAAAUCUGAUGUAUACAGUUUUGGAAUCCUCCUUCUACAAAUUAUAAGUGGCAAGAAGAUAGCUGGCUUUUACGGAGAGAACGAAGAUUUAAAGCUCUUGGAAUAUGCUUAUGAGUUAUGGAAAGAAGGAAAGGGUAUGGAGUUCGUGGAUCUUGCACUUGAUGAUAUAUCUUCACCAUGCAAACUAAUGAGAUGCUUGCAUAUUGCUUUGUUAUGCGUCCAAGAACAUGCAAAUGAUAGGCCUUCCAUGCUUGAAGUUUAUUCAAUGUUGAGAAACCAUAAUAACUCUCUAGCCAUCUCCAAAAAGCCUGCAUUUUCAAAAGUGAGAGAUGAGGAAGAAGUAAACGAGUGUCAUCCCCUGCAAAGUAUUUCCGUCGAUGAUGCAUCCAUCACUCAAAUGGUGGGCAGAUAGUACUAUUGGACUCAGAUGCAAAGUUUCCUUCUAUGCAACAA